AUGGAGUCUCCCAAUGCAACCCCACGCCUACGAGGCCCUACACCAGGCACCACAACCGGUCGGAAGCGAAAAGCAGAUAAUGAGCUCUCUGACAACACGCAUACUGUUCGUGGGCGCCAACGAAAGCAAGCCCUCGAGGCGAAAGGAGCUCUUUAUGCACAACUUGAUCGUGAGAAGCGCAAUGACAAUCAAGCGAUCAAUCGAGCCAAAAAGAGGCUUGUCGAUUCUACAGGAUAUCAACAAGCCACGCCUGCUGAUCAACGAGCCAUGAAAAAGAAGCUUGAAGAUGAUGUUCUACGCGAACGAUAUCAAAACAAUCGAGGCGCUCAAUGGUUUACGGAACACCAUGGCUACGAAUUAGAUCCUUCCAAUGACUGGGAAGAUGUCAUGGACAAGGAUGAUACAACUGGUGAUCGUGAUGACCUUGAAAAUUCUCCUAAAGCAGUCUCCGAAAAUCGAGCUUUGAAGGAAAUGGCCGUCGCGAAUUCAAUGCAUCCUGAUCAUCUAAUCGCUAUGGUCUCUAAACUCAAGCCGAUCUUUUUAUCGCUUCUCAAGAAAUACAUUCCCAGCUAUAUGCAUCAAAAUGUGUUUCGUGGUUUGCAUAGUGGACAACCUGUUGUCAAAAAGAGAGGAGUCAAGCCAGUCUUAUUCAUUCGUUAUCGCUACCGAGAUCGCUUCAAUGAGGCGAUCGAAAAUCAUACCAGUCAAGCCUAUAUCGAGUUUGGAGAUAAGAAUGGGGCUAUGAUAUUUCGUUUCUGGCGAGAAUUUUGGUUCAUUGUUGCUCGAGAGGCUUUGAAAAAGGAAGAAAAGACUAGAACAAAAGUCCCCGAUCUUCCUCCUCAUAAAUACUAUUCAUCCCAGCAAAUCUCUAUGUUCAAAGCAUUUGUCGCAGCUGAUUCUCGCAACUGGUAUGAUCUCCCUGGCCCAGCGGAUUGGUGGCUGGACUCGUACGAUUUUGGAAAACAUGGAUGGGAUAUUGAUAUUGGCAAAGUUUCCGGCUAUAAAUUAGCUUAUGAGUAUUUCAAUGAAUACUCUGCGGUCAAUAUUCCAAAGAAGUUCGAACAAAUGAGAUGGGAUCCUGCCGAAUUCUAUCUAGCAAUUACUGUUCAUUCUCAAACAAUUCGAAGGCGGCUUCAACAAUGGGGUGUCUCACGUACGAAUCACGAAUCCAAAGAACUAGAGGAUAAGAUCAAAGAACUAUAUUUCCAACAUGGUUUACGUGACCGUCAAAUCAUCCAUGCCCUAGAAAAGAAUGGUAUAAAAAUAUCCCAGUCCACCCUUACAACAAUUCGGCGUAGGCUUGGGCUUCACCGUCGGGUUGUCAACCCAGAAGAUAUUCAAAAUAUAAAUGAUCUUGUCAGGGCGGAAGUUCAGAAACAACUCAACAGUGGGCGUAUUGAAGGCUAUGGGCGAGGCCAUCUCUACCGAUUCUUUCGACUUAAGGGUUAUAAUAUAGCCCGCGAUCGACUAUAUAGUAUAGUUCAGGAACUUGAUCCGGAUGGGGUCAAGCGUCGAAAGAGUGAUGUCUACCGGCGACGAGGGGAGUAUGUAGUUCCUAGCCCAAAUUAUAUCUGGUCUAUGGAUGGCCAUGAUAAAUUAUCCUUCUGGGGUAUACAAAUAUAUGCUGCGAUCGAUGCUUUCUCUCGAUAUAUCACUUGGUGCUAUGUUGGUAUCAGCAAUCGCACUCAAAUCAGUAUACUGCGACAGUUUCUUGAAGUGCUUCAGGAAACAAAAAUCCAGCCUCGCUAUAUACGCUCUGAUAAAGGGGGCGAAACAGUUCUAGUUGCAGCCGCAUAUUAUCUACUGCUAAAAGAGCAGUAUGAGAAUCUCUUUCUUCAAGACUGUUAUUUAUAUGGUACAAGCACAUCAAAUCAGCGAAUAGAAGCUUGGUGGUCACAGCUUACAAAAAGCCUUCUCUUUAUUUUUCGGGAUUAUUUCCUGAAACUCAGCAAUGAUGGAUAUUUCAAGAAAAAUAGCCUUGCAGAUCGAAUUGCGAUAUUAGCAAUAUAUAUACCUAUGGCUCGUGAAGAGAUUGCUUCUUAUAUUAACGUAUGGAAUACGCAUGGAAUCAGAAAGCAGUCUCAUCGCAUUAAUAGUAUCAAUGGCCAACCCAACGUUUUAUAUCAUCUGUCAGAAGACGGUAUACAGGAUUAUGGAUCAAAGCCUGAUCAAGUGGUAUUGCAAACAUUGCUUGAUGAGCAUAAUUUUGAACUUGAUGAAUAUCUGCCGCUAGAUACUUUGAAUUGGUGUCAACAAAAGUUGCAGUCUCAGGGUUUUGAAAGGAUUAAGCUUGAAGACCUAAAUGAACAUGGAGAACGUACGCAUUUCAUUGCAUAUUUGUAUCUCCGGGAUCAAAUUAAUCUACACAUCGCAAUACAAUCAGAGCCCCAGCUCAGGGAGUGCGAGAAGCCAACCCAAGAGGAGCUACAUUUGCAACAGGAUUUACAGGACGUUGCUACUGAUUUAACAAAUCAACCAUGGUUCUCAAGGUAG